AUGACUACCGUUCAGGACUUGUUCGCCCAGGGCAGCCAUGCCUUCGCCGACGAAGACUACGAGGAGGCCGUCAACUUUUACACAAAAGCCAUCGAGAUCAACGCGUCUCAUGUCGAGAUCUUCCUCAAGCGCUCGGCCACCUAUCAGAAACUGGGAAAGGACAAGGAAGCUUAUGAGGAUGCCCUCAAGGCCCUCGCUCUCAUCAAGGAGAAGCCCUCUGUCGACGUUUCGGUCGAGGCCAAGGCUCAGCUCCGCAAGGGUGUUGCGGCGUUCCACUUGCAUGAUUACCAGACUGCCAAAGUCGCAUUGGAGGCUUGCCACGCUUUGAGCCCCGAUCAGAGAACUUUGGCCAGCUGGAUGCGCAAGAACGAACAGGAACUCGCCAAGCAGCCUAAGGUUACCGCACCUACCCCUGCCCCUGCCCCUAUUGCUGCUGCCCCUGUUGCCUCUGCUGCACCCGUUGCCGUUGUCCCUGCUUCUCCUGCUACCCCCGCUGUUCACCGUGUCAGACACGAGUGGUACCAGAACGACAGCUAUGUGACCAUCAGCGUUUUCAUCAAGAGCGUCAAGAAGGAGUCGGUCGACAUCAACAUCACGGAGAACGCUUUGUCGGUCUCGGUCAAGAUGCCUACUGGAUCGGACUACUCGUUGGAACUGGAGCCUUUGAGCCACGCCGUUGUUCCCUCGGAGAGCAAAUUUGAGGUCCUUUCGACCAAGAUUGAGAUCCAGCUCAAGAAGGAGCGCUUCGCCAUCAAGUGGGGAGCCCUCGAAGGCGACGAUGUCAACGCCGGAUCAAUGGCCACCACCAACGUUGCAGGUGCCCCUGCUUACCCUUCGUCGUCGAGAAAGACCAAGAACUGGGAUGCGUUGGAGAAGGAGGCGGCCAAGGAUGAAGAGAAGGCCGAUGGCGACAAGGCUUUGAACCAGCUCUUUGCCCAGAUCUACAAGGACGCCGACGACAACACCAAGCGUGCGAUGAUGAAGAGUUUCACGGAGAGCAACGGAACCUGCCUCUCGACCAACUGGGACGAGGUUGGCAAGGGUACCGUCGAGACCCGUCCUCCUGAGGGCAUGGUCGCCAAGAAAGUACGUCUCUUUUCUGUCACUUUUGUGUAG